AUGAAACUCUCUGCGUUCGCUACAGCUCUGGUCCUUGCCUGGGCUUCCACUAUCUCUGGGUCUCCUACUGGCUCCAUUGAGGCUCGUCAAGUAGUCUCACCCCCUCCGGGAUUCGCAAUCACCAAGCAAACGUCUAUCUUUAUAACCCUUUCUUCAGGGGACAAGUCUGCUGUCACCGUUGGCUUCAGCCGAUACUACGCAGAGGUCGGGCCCAAUAUUCCCAUCAGUUCUAACCGCAGAAACUGCCAGUUAACAUGGAGCGUGAACGUCCCUCCUGGGUUCUCCUUUGGCCUCGCAGCCGUCGACUACCGCGGCUGGUAUCAACUCGAUGACAAGGUCACGGCUUCUCAGCAAUCUAGCUAUUACUUCCAAGGCCAUCUCGCCCAAGCGACUGCGCGCUCUGAACUGGUCGGUCCAGUCGCAGGCCGUGACUACUUGUACCAGGACCAGUUCGACCUUGUCUCUACGGUGUUGUCUCCCUGUGGUACCAGCACGGUCCUCAACAUCCAGACGGACCUCCGCACUAACAACUCCAAGAAUCCAAGAGGAUAUGGCUACAUUGCCACCGACUCCAUUAACGCUACCCUUACACAAACCUUCCACUUCAAGUGGCAAACUUGCAAGAAUUAA